CGCGAGAGGUUUCAGCUUGAGAUGGCGGCGGGAGCGUCACGUGAAGCCGGCGGAGGCCCUGGUAGCAUGGAGGCGGCGGCGGCGGAUGGGACUCAGCAAGAGGAAGAGGUCGAGGAACAAUUAGUUGUGGUAGAAUUGUCUGGAAUAAUCGAUUCAGACUUUCUGGAAAAAUGUGAUAAUAAAUGCAAGAUUUUGGGGAUUGACACAGAGAGACCUAUUUUGCAAAUAGACAGAUAUAUCUUUGCUGGAGAAUAUGAAGAUACCCUUGGAACAUGUGUAGUGUUUGAGGAAAACCAUGAUCAUGAUGUGGAAGGCAAUCAAAAAUUGCAACUAAAAUAUAAAUGCCACACAAUGAAGAAACUAAAUAUGACGCGGACACUUCUGAUUGAGAAAAAGGAAGGGGAAGAGAACAUAGGAGGCGGCAUAGAAUGGCUAGAUCUUAAGGACAAAGACUUCUCAUAUAGCAGACCAAACAUGAUUUGCAAUUUCUUGUAUGAAAAAGAUGAUGAAACAGCUGAAUCCCAGGAUAAGCUGGCAGAAGAGUCUGAAGAAGAAGCCAGUGACAAAGGAAACAUGGAUUGGAAUUUGGAACCCGGGAUUCCACCUGACAUUGCAAAGGAUGAUGCUGAACCUCUUCUGGAUACUCCAGAUCCCAUCAUAGAGAAUCCUUCCAUAGAGAACAGUCAGAACAUUGCUUCAGAAGAGCCUCCACAUUGAUAUACAGCUGUGCUCAUAAGUUUAUAUUGACUGAUAUCUGAUUUGUACAUAUUAUCAUUAGAAAGACUCUGAAUUUGUAUCCAAAUUAUUUUGGGAAAGUUUUGUUAGGAUCACAUUCCUUUUGUGAUGUUGAUCUAAUACAUUUCCCAAGGUCUCUGUACCUCUUCGUCAAAGGAAUUGGAAAGUGGAAAGAGGCUUCUGUUGAACUUAUUUUGAUUACAAAUUCCCAUCUCUUGCCUUCUCCCAGUUACUUCUUUUGCUUAUUAUCUUCUCUGGUGAAAAAUUUUGGGGAACUCAAGUUUGUUUUCUAUUCUGUAAUUUUGAUACAAUAAAAGAUGCAACUCUAA